ACAGCGUGACGUCGCAGCGGUUGACGCCUCGCGCUUGUGUUGAUUGUGACUUGCGAAAUGGAGAAAAGAGCUUUUCGUAAAACAGCAGCACGCCUCUUAAUUUGAGGAUUUUUGUUCCUGAAUAAAACAGGAACAUCGACCAGAAGAACCGCGGCCGGCUGGACACUGACGUUACCAUAGCGACCGAAAUAUCUGCUUAUGAAAUGCAGCGCUCGGUAGGAUGAUCAGCAAUCAAGAAGACGAUGAGUUUGUUGCAGUGCGGGUCCAAGAUCCCCGCAUGCAAAACGAAGGCUCGUGGAAUUCCUAUGUGGAUUAUAAAAUAUUCCUACAUACCAACAGUAAAGCCUUCACGGCGAAGACGUCCUGCGUGCGUCGGCGCUACAGUGAGUUUGAAUGGCUCAAGAAGAAACUUCAGAAGAACGCUGGUUUGGUGCCAGUCCCAGACCUCCCUGGAAAAUCCUUCUUCUCCUUCACCAAUGAGGACUUCCUGGAGAGGAGAAGGAAAGGACUUCAGGCCUUUUUAGACAGCGUGGUGAACAUGACGGUGUGUCUGUCAGACAGCCAGCUCCACCUCUUCCUGCAGACUCAGCUGCCAGUCGGUCACAUCCAGGACUGCGUGCAGGGCCACACUCCCUACACCGUGACGGAGGCCAUUCUCACCUACGCCUCGUCAAAUCGAGGCCUCGCUCAGGCUCAGGAGGACGACUCCAUCAAGGAGCCGAGUUUGACCGUUUCUUAUGAGUCCAUGGAGAGCCCAGCCCCUCAUCAACCUUGCCAGCAACCCAGAGAGACCUUCCGCCCCGAGCUCUUGUCCUGCGCUGACCCUGACCCUCUGGAAGGUUUGCUGGAGCUCUGUGAUAAAGACACAGAUGACUUUCAGCACAAAGAGAAAUCCUCAGUAAAGGUCCUCCAGAAGGACAACCAUCUAGAAGCUGUUGUCGAGGACUGCGGCGCGACAGGGGCGACCUUUUUUCUGGGUGAAAGCCAGAACGUCCCUGAGAGUCUGAGCCUUGGUGCAGAAACCCAGCAGAGGAGCUGCUGUCAGAUACAGACUCCGGUGGAGGUGCACUCGCCCAUGGGGGCUGACUUUGAGGAGAACAAGGUGGAGAGCUCAAACGAGGAGAGCAUUGUGACGAUAGAUACAGAAGAAAAGACUGUUCCUCAUUCAGACACAAAGGCUGAUCAGAAGGAAAGUCCUGAGGAGGCAAAAAUAGAAAUGGUCGACAUUGAGCCAGAAACAUCUGCAAAUUCUGCACUCAUUUUAGAUUCUACGGACCGUGAGUUUAGGGAACAGGGAACAGAAAGCGAAGCCGGAUCUCAGGAGGAAGUUCUGGAGGUCGUCUGCUCGGAGAAGCAAGUUUUAGGAAAUCACGUUAACGGUCUCAAGAAAGUUGGUAGCUCUGCGGAUCACGUCGAAGACGUCAGCUGUCCUGAGGAAGCAAAGAGCUCAGACGGACAAAAAGAGUCAGACAACGCAAAAAGUGACGAAUCUGAGAGUAAAGACGAGAAGCCGCUCGAGUCAGAAAUCCACGAAGAAACUCACAACAUGAGCAGUGUUCCAGAGGCGGAAAGCUGUGACGAUGGCAUUGUUGAACAAAUGGACCAAGUUAAACAGGAAGCGGAUCAGGUCGGGACCAAAGAUGACAGCGACGAGGACAGCCACUCAUCUUCCAAUGAGAGCAUCGUCAAGGUCAGCGAUGAAGAAAGCAUUUGUGACGAGGCCGAGGACUCUGUCCUGGCUGCAGACGGCUACAUGAAGACGUCUCCUGAGGAGGAGAGCCCCAGUAGAAACAUUUUGCACAUGAAUGGAUGCCUUGAGGUGAAAGAGGACAUAUCCGCCCAGGAGGACGAGGACCUGCAGUACAUAAGCGACAUCAGUGACUUUAGCAAAUCUCUGGAGCUUCACUCGACUGUCACCGGUGGAGAUUUGACUGAAAAUAGUGACAUUAGCGUCUUAGAGAGCAGCUGCACGCCUGGGUUGUCUGAAAGUAAAUGUACGGAGCAGGAGACCUUGUCCUUGCUGUCUCUGGACGCCUCAGAGGAGACUCAUGAGGUGGAGGUGCAUUAGUUAGACAGUUGAACGGCACCACGUCAUAAAGCCGGAGAAAUGGAGUUGUCAUCUGCCAAAGACACAUUCAGUCACGUAAAGAUACAUAAAUAAUCUGCUCAUUAAAUGCAGUCUUCACAGUGUGAGUCAGUCUGUAUCAUGUUAUGGGUCUAACUUUUCAGUUUUUAAAAACUGUUUAAUUUUAAAGUGUGACUCUUCAUUUACACUCAGGUAAACUAGAUAUUGGCACUGUUAUUGCCCCAUGGAUGAAUGAUGAUUGGCUUUUUGGGAACAGCAGAGGGUGCUCAAGUUCACAAAAGCAUCUUAGGGUUGAUUCAUAUAAAGAGCUAAAGGUUUCAUUGUUGUGUGAUAUAAAAUGUGAUUUCAGAAAUGUUAAUUUUAAGUUUAGUGUGAUUGCUCUGAAAUAUAGUCAUGUUGUGGGGAACUUGUGCAAAUUAUGACAGAAAUAUACGUUCAAAUUAAAGAAUAGAUUCACAUUUUACAUGUAAGUACUUUGAUUUAAGGUUUUUCUUGCUGUAACUGAUCCUACUGUCCAUGCUGACUGUCAAGAUGUACCUUCCUUGUGAAGAAAAGUAAAAUCCAGUCUAAAACGCUCAAGUUCAGCUUUAAUUAAUAUGAGGUUUUCGUCGUCUGACAUAGAAAAAUCAAGUCUAUUUAUUACCCAUUUCAGUCUGUGUUUACAUGCAGAGCUGCAGUGGAAGCACAUUAAGAAAAAGAGUAAUUUCAGUACAAAAAACACAACUUUUUUCACUUAAUUUGUCUAUUUCAGACUGCUGAAGCCUCACAUUAACUGUGAUUAAACUUUGAGGGCUGGACGAGGUCUCGUCACAAAAAGUAUGAACAGGAAAAACAAUUACAGCAACCAAAAACAGUUUGAAUCUAACCUAACAGUCACUGGAGAGUCACACGCACAGCUUUUAUCGCUCUCAUUUACAGCCCCACGUACUAUUAAACCCGUAAAAAUAACUUUAGAUUUUAACCAUGUCCUAUAGAAUCCUGAUAAUGUUUAAAAGUCAAAAAUUCUUCAAAAUCUUGACCUGCUGCUUGACAACAAUCCCGUAAUAAUUGGCGCAUCUUGUUUAUGAUGCAACAUAUUAACUCAAGAUGGUUCGAUUAGACUACAGAUGAAACAGAUAAACUGUAUCAAAGAUAAUUUUAGUUUUUUAACAUGUUUGGAUUGAGGCCAAACUAACAGAGCAAGUGGCACGCAUUGCUCUGAACAAAUUGUUUUAUAGGCAGCAGUGCUAAUGUGAUUUUAUUAUCAGAAAGGGUAAACAGCAAACACUUUAGCCCAAAUAUGUCUGUGGUUGACAUCAAUAAAUUUGAUGUCAUAAAAAAAAUCUCACUGCAAGAACUGUAAUCCGCGCAGUGUUCACGGACACCUUUUCAGUCUUGUGGUCUUGUAAUUUCUGGAUUUUUUUAAUGAUCUAAACUUCACAAAGAGGAAACGCCGUGGUUUACACACACUAAGCUUUAUCAUAGUCAGUCUGGUUGUCAGUUUACUUGUUAUUUUUCCAGGUUAUUCGGCUCAUGCACUAUUUAACUACAGCUGGUGAAAGUGAGCAUAGUUUUUUGUUGAAUCACUACACUGAAAAAAGUACACUGUUGUGCGCACAGUCCAAAAGGUCCAGCAGGUUGGAUUUAGGGGCAUUUAAUUGCAGAAUUAUUAUUUUAAAACUGUCAUAACUACUUUUUUAUUCUUGUAUAAUCACCUGAAAAUUAGAAUCACUUUUGUUACCUCAAAAACUCAGAUACCAACCCAACACAUAAAGUUUCAGUUCUGCAGCUUCUCUGCCAGAUGCCACUAAAUUUAACACACUGGAUCAUUAAUUCCAGUCAGUCUGAAACUCAGCUGCAGUUUGACCUCAUUGUUUUCACACAUUACUGCUGCUGCUGUUUGUAAUUCUAAUUCAUUUUGUUGUUUUUUUAAAGGGACCGAGAGUUUAUUGUGCUAGACUCUAGUCGGUGGAUUGUAGAGUUCUGGGUUUAGCUUUUACUUGUUCUUUUUUUAAAGAAUGUUUUGAAGGAGGAUUUUGUAACAUGGAUCUACAAGGGCAACGAUAACAACCUGAGCGACUGUGUCCAUGUAAAUCUAAUUUUAUUUCAAAUAAAUAGUUUUUUUUCCUUUA